GCCUACACGAUGAUCAUGACUACAUUAUCGGAGAAAAGCGAGGCUGCGUAUGCUGAAGCCGGGAAAGUCGCUGAGGAGAAUCUAUCACAGGUUCGUACUGUAUAUUCAUUUGUGGGCGAGAACAAAGCAGUUGAUUUGUACUCCAAGUCACUUCAAAAUGCACUAAAAUUAGGGAAAAAGAGUGGGUUUGCAAAAGGAGUGGGCAUUGGCUUCACAUAUGCACUCUUGUUUUGCGCUUGGGCUUUACUUCUUUGGUACGCUGGCAUACUCGUACAACACCAUGAUACAAAUGGUGGCAAAGCAUUCACAACAAUUAUCAACGUCAUCUUCAGUGGUUUUGCUCUUGGUCAGGCUGCACCGAACCUUGCAGCCAUUGCUAAAGGUAAGGCAGCUGCUGCAAAUAUUGUAAGCAUGCUUGAGGAGGAUGUUGAUGCUUCUAGUAAGUUGAAUACCGGGAUGGCAUUCUCAAAUGUGGAUGGAAAUAUUGAAUUUCGUGAGGUCUGUUUUGCUUAUCCAUCUCGACCAAAUAUGGUAUUUGAAGAUUUGAGCUUUUCAGUUGAUGCCGGGAAAAAACUUGCAGUCGUUGGUCCUAGUGGUUCAGGAAAAAGCACCAUCGUUUCCAUGAUUCAACGGUUCUAUGAUCCCACUUCAGGUGAAAUAUUGUUGGAUGGCCAUGAUAUAAAGAAUCUUCAGUUAAAUUGGUUAAGAGGGCUCAUGGGGUUGGUUAGUCAGGAACCAGCAUUGUUUGCCACAACUAUAGCUGAAAACAUCUUGUAUGGUAAACCAAAUGCCGCUAUGAACCAAAUAAUCGAAGCUUCCAAAGCUGCAAAUGCGCAUUCGUUCAUUCAAAGUUUACCUGAUGGGUACCACACUCAGGUAGGAGAAGGAGGAACCCAACUUUCAGGAGGGCAAAAACAAAGAAUAGCUAUCGCAAGAGCAACUCUUAGAAAUCCGAAGAUUUUACUACUAGAUGAGGCAACAAGUGCCCUUGAUUCCGAAUCAGAACUCAUCGUUCAGCAGUCCCUAAACACAGCUAUGUCAAACCGUACAACAAUUAUCGUGGCACACAGACUAUCUACGGUUAGAGAGGUUGACACCAUCAUUGUUUUAAAGAAUGGUCAAGUUGUCGAAAAGGGUACCCAUUUAGGAUUGAUAUCUAAAGGUGGAGAGUAUUCGACUUUAUCAAGUUUGCAAGCAUCAGAACCUGCAAAAGAUUCAACCACAAAAGGUCAAACCAGUUCUAACUUUCAGAAUUCACCCGAUAAUAAUAAAAAAGCCUAUUAUCAAGAAGUUGACUCCGUGACUACAAUGAUGCUGCACCCAAAUGAUCAAAAUCAACCAUCUAUAUCUUCCAAGAACACCCCAUCAAUUUGGGAUCUUGUUAAACUAAAUCAGCCGGAGUGGCCUUACGCAGUGAUGGGAUCCGUGGGUGCAAUUUUAGCCGGCAUGCAAGCUCCUCUGUUUGCUCUCGGGAUUACAUACAUCUUGACUUCAUUCUAUUCUCGUGACAAUUCCAAAAUCAAACAUGAUGUAGAAUGUGCAUCCUUCAUAUUUGUUGCAGCCGGUCUUGUAACUAUCCCCAUAUAUAUGUUGCAGCAUUACUUCUAUACUUUGAUGGGUGAACGCCUCACUACCAGGGUCCGUUUAUCCAUGUUUUCAGCUAUGCUUACCAAUGAGGUUGGUUGGUUUGAUAUGGAUGAAAAUUCUACGGGCUCCCUGAUCUCAAAGUUGGCGGCAGAUGCCACAUUAGUAAGAAGUGCGUUGGCUGAUCGUCUAUCGACAAUCGUACAAAAUAUAGCUCUAACCGUAACUGCAUUUGUGAUCUCUUUUAUACUGAGCUGGAGAAUAGCAUUAGUUAUUGUUUCUACCUUUCCCCUUCUAAUUGGAGCUUCCAUAACUGAGCAACUUUUUCUAAAGGGAUUUGGUGGAGAUUACACAAUCACAUAUUCCCGAGCCACGUCCAUGGCUCGGGAAGCCAUCGCCAACAUCCGUACUGUUGCUGCAUUUGGUGCGGAAGAUCGAGUCUCGAGCCAAUUCUCAGCCGAACUCAACCGGCCCGGAAAGCAAGCUCGGCUCCGUGGCCAUAUAUCGGGUUUUGGGUACGGUUUUUCGCAGCUUCUUGCAUUCUGUUCGUAUGCGCUCGGUCUUUGGUAUGCAUCGAUAUUGAUCCAACAUAAAAAUUCCAACUUUGGUGAAAUCAUUAAGGCCUUUAUGGUUUUGAUAAUUACCGCGUUAUCGAUAGCUGAAACGCUCGCCCUCACACCCGAUAUCGUGAAGGGUACGCAGGCGCUCGGUUCGGUUUUCGAGAUCCUGAACCGGAAAUCUGCCAUAAAUCCCGACGAUCCGAAUUCAGUGCCGGUAAGUCACAUCAAAGGAGAUGUAGAAUUCCGAAACGUGAGUUUUAGGUACCCCAUGAGGCCGGAUAUUUCCGUCUUAAAUGAUUUGAAUUUGAAAAUAACGGCGGGAAACAGUAUGGCGAUAGUUGGACCGAGUGGAUCUGGGAAAAGCACCAUCGUUGGAUUACUGAUGAGAUUCUACGACCCUGAUUUCGGUUCAGUUUUCAUUGAUGAUCUCGACAUCAAGAAGUUGAAUUUGAAAUCGUUAAGGCAACGGAUCGGGUUAGUACAACAAGAGCCGUCAUUAUUCUCGACGACGAUCUACGAAAACAUAAAGUACGGGAACGAAGAGGCGUCGGAGAUCGAGAUCACAAAGGCGGCGAAACUGGCAAACGCUCACGAAUUCAUCAGCCGGAUGCCCAACGGUUACGAGACGCAAGUCGGUAACAACGGGAUUCAGUUAUCCGGCGGGCAAAAACAGAGAGUCGCGAUAGCAAGAGCCGUCCUGAAAGACCCUUCGAUCCUUCUUCUGGACGAAGCCACAAGCGCUCUCGACACAGCCUCCGAGAGAUUGGUUCAAGAAGCGCUUGAUAAGCUCAUGGUGGGACGAACCACCAUUCUCGUGGCGCACCGCUUGUCGACAAUACGUAACGCCGACAGCAUCACGGUGCUGCAGAACGGAAAGGUGGUCGAGCGUGGGGCCCACGACACGCUCGUCCGGAUGCCGGAGAGUGUGUAUGCACAUUUGGUUAGCCUUCAACAAGAGAAAAGCAUACAAGUUGAGGGUGAGUAA